AUGAAUUUAUUUAAUGCGCAUCUUAUUUCUUAUUUAGUUCCAAAAAAUUUGAACGCAAAUUAUAAUUUCGGAUUUCUUUUGGGUAUUUUAUUUAUUUUCCAAAUUGUAUCCGGUUUACUAUUAACUUUCAAUUAUGUACCAACAAAUUUGGGAUCUUUUGAAAGUAUUGUAAAAAUUUUAUUUGAUGUUAAUUUCGGGUGGGGGUUUAGAUAUUUCCAUUCUCAGGGAGUCUCUUUUUGUUUUAUGUUUUUAUGGCUUCAUAUUAUAAAAGGCUUAUUGUAUUCAAGCAAAUAUUUACCCUGGUCUUGGUAUUCUGGUAUGUUAAUUUUAAUAUUAAGCAUGGCCAUAGCUUUUUUGGGAUAUGUUUUACCAAAUGGUCAAAUGAGUUACUGGGGAGCUACAGUUAUAACUAACUUGUUUUAUUGGGCUCCUGACUUUGUGACUGUUUUAUUGGGUGGUUAUAGCGUCACUGAAAUUACAUUGCAAAGAUUUUAUAUACUACAUUUUUUGCUUCCUUUUGUUUUGUUAUUUUUUAUUAUUUUACAUAUAUAUUUCUUACACAGAUGUUCAAGUACAAAUCCUCUCUCUUGCGUUGAUUCUUAUUUAGUUGUAAGAUUUUAUCCUUUAGUUAUAUUAAAUGAUUGUAGAAUGUUUAUAAUUUUACUAAGUUUUAUAUUUUUUCAAUUAGGUUUUGGAAUUGUUUCUUUGUUUCAAGGGGAUGUAGACAAUUCUAUAUUAGCUAAUCCUCUUCAAACUCCUCAACAUAUAGUUCCUGAAUGGUAUUUGUUAGUUUUUUAUGCUACUUUGAAACUAUUUCCAAGUAAAUUAGCUGGAUUAAUUGCCAUGGCAUUUUUGUUAGAAAUUUUUAUAAUUUUAAUAGAAUCAAGAUCUGUUUCUAGUACAUUAACAUGUAUGUAUUAUCACAGAUUAUGGGGAUCAUCAGCUAUGGUAAUAGUACCUUCAAUCAUGGUUUUAGGAAGUUUAGGAAAAAUGAUAAUAAAUUCAAAAUUAUUAUUAAUUGGGGUUUUUCUAUUUUUAAUGAUAAUUUUUCUAUCAUUAAAAAUGUUAGAUAACUCAAGAUUGAGAAGGUAA